UAAACUCAGUCCGCCUGUCUCCAUGCGACUCGGGUCCGGAAGUUCAGAACCGGGAAAACGUCGACAGGCCUUCGGCGGUUCCUUUGAACAUCUCUGCUUCAUGACGGCAGCACGCGGACAUUUCACAACCAAUCAGUCAAUACCACUGGAGUAUUGAUAUUGAUCGAUAGCGUCCAGAAACAUAAGAAUUCCUCUCGUUUGCGCAGUUUCCGCCGGUCGAACUGCGGCUCCGUGGAGGAGCCGUCAGCACGCAUGCGCGAAUAUGAAGCGCUUCAUAAAUCCAUUCAUAACGUUUGCGACGCAGCACGUGACACAUCGUCAGAAGAGGUGACAUUAGGUCAUUCAGACCGAUGACGGCAUAUUGUGUCAUUACUACGAUUGUUUAGCAGGUCAAUCAGCGUCAGAUGACAGCAUCUGACGUCAUCUAAUGUUGUCAGCAACGUUGCCAAAUAUAACCGCCUGAACUCACAGAGUAACCGAGAGAAACGAGGGAAAGAGACUAGUGGAAGGAAUACUGAAAGAACUGAAGCGACAAGAAAGACUAAAAGCAGCAAAAUAACAGUUCCAGAAAUUCUAAAAGAAAGUUUGAAAAUGUCUCUGAAAGAAAUCAGCCAAAGUACGGAGACAAUCCUGACCCAGAACUCCAUCAUGGUCAGCCAGAUGGAAAAGAUUGGCAAAAAUCUGUCCAACAUGAAAGAUCUGGAGAGCACCUGCAAGAACCUGAAGAGGGAGAGGAAAGCUGCUGCUCAGAAAAACAAAGAGCUGCUGAAAUCCCUGGAGACCCUGAACACACAAGUUCAGCAGCAGAUGAAGAUCCAGGAGAAAUGUGAGGCAGAAAGACAGACAAUCGCUGCCUUCUCUGAGAACAUCCGUGAAAGCAAAGAGGAAAUGGUGGCUCUGAGGUCCAAACUCUGGCUGGACGAAGAGCUGAAACUAGAGCAGGAGCGGGUGAAACAGGAGAGGAAAAUCAUGGAGAAGAAGUCUGCAGUUCUGAAAGCCGAGCUGCAGAAGCUGCAGAAAAAGGUCGGCCACCAAGCCGUCCUGGAAAUGGACUACAAACUGGAGUUCAACCAUUUCCACGCUCUGGAAGAGGAGACCGCCGCUCUGAAAACGGAGCUUCAGAAGCUGCAGACAGAAAUCCUGGAGCGAGACCAAAUGAGAGAAGAGUUCCCCGCCAUGGUUGAAGAACAAUACCGUUUGGAGGAACUCAAGAAAGAGCUGCAGGCAGAGCUGUCCCAGCUGAGAGAGCAGCCCAACGACGCCAUCCAGCUCCGCAUGCUGCACCAGAGACUCAGCCUGGAGCUGAUGCAGCUCAGAAAAGAAACCAAAGACCUGCAGAGGAGACGGGAAGGAGUCCAACGCUCCUCUGAGGAGGUGGAGGAGCUGCAGUCUGCAUGUCAGAAUCUCCAAACUAAAACCAGGAAGGCGUUCCAGAUCAACUCUGACCUCACAGAGGAAAUCACCAGACUGGAAAAUGAAAUCUCACAGCUGAAAAUUCAAGAAGCUAGAGGUCAGGAGUGGACUGAAGAGUACAACAAGCAAAAGGCUGAAGCAGAUGUUCUUCAGCUGGACUACCAAGAACUCCAGAAAACCAAGGAGCAGCUGACAAAGUCCAUCAAGAACAUGAAAGCUCUGCAGUCUGCAUGUCAGAAACAUCAAGCCAAAAACAGGAAGGCGGUCCAGAUCAACUCUGACCUCUCAGAGGAAAUCUCCAGACUGGAACAGGAAGUCAGUCAUCAUUUGGAUUUGGAGGACAGAGUCUGUGCCGCCAGAGAGGAAAGUGAGAGGAUGGAGAAGGAAACUGUCAUCCUUCAAGGAAAAAUCCAAGACCUGCACCUCCAGAUGCAGCAGUUCCAGCAGCAAACGGAGGUUCUGCAGCAGGAACGUCAGACGCUGCAGAACCGACGCCACCAAAGAGACCAGAUGAGGGAGGAGUACUCCAGAAUGCUGGAGGACAUCUGCUGCCUGCAGGACCAGCAGGCAGGUCUGGACACGGAAAUCUCACGCCUGAAAGUGGAAGAGAUUGAAGCUCAGGAGUGGAUGGAAGAGUUCAAGAAGCAAAAGGCUGCAGCAGAUGUUCUUCAGCUGGAGAACCAGGACCUCCAGAAAACCAAGGAGGACCUGACAGAGUCCAUCAGGAACAUCCUCACAGACCAGGAGGAAACAAGCCUCCAGGAGCCUUCAUCCUCCUCUUCAUCAGGCAUCCAAAAUGAUGAGAAUGUCAGUUCUGAUGAAGAGCUCCAGAAGACUUCAGAUGAUGAAGAGCUCCAGAAUCUCUCAGAUGAUGAAGAGUCUGUGAAUUCCAUUAAAGGAACAGUCUCCAUCAAAGAAAUGAAGGUUUCUGUCUCUUCACUGACUGAGGAAGAUCAAGAGAAACAUGUAGGGGAUGAGGAAUGUGAGGAAGAGGAGGAUGAGAAUGUCAGUUCUGAUAAAGAGCUCCAGAAUACUUCAGAGGAUGAGGAAUAUGAGGAAGAGUGUGAGGAGGAAUAUGAAGGGGAUGAGGUAGAAUAUGAGGACAUCAGCUCUGAUGAAGAGCUCCAGAAUCCAUCAGAUGAUGAAGAGUCUGUGAACUCCAUUAAAGGAACAGUCUCCAUCAACGAAAUGAAGGUUUCCGUCUCUUCACUGACUGAGGAAGAUCAAGAGAAACAUGAGGGGGAUGAGGAAUGUGAGGAGGAGGAUGAGAAUGUCAGUUCUGAUGAAGAGCUCCAGAAUACUUCAGAGGAUGAGGAAUAUGAGGGAGAGUGUGAGGAGGAAUAUGAAGGGGAUGAGGUAGAAUAUGAGGACAUCAGUUCUGAUGAAGAGCUCCAGAAUAAAUUGGACGAUGAAGAGUCUGUGAAUUCCAUUAAAGGAACAGUCUCCAUCAAAGAAUUGAAGUUUUCUGUCUCUUCACUGAAUGAGGAAGAUCAAGAGAAAAAUGAGGGGGAUGAGGAAUGUGAGGAAGAGGAGGAGGAGAAAGUCAGUUCUGAUGAAGAGCUCCAGAAUACUUCAGAUGAUGAAGAGCUCCAGAAUCUUUCAUAUGAUGAAGAGUCUGUUAACUCCAUUAAAGGAACAGUCUCCAUCAUUGAAAUAAAAGCUUCCGUGUCUUCACUGACUGAGGAAGAUCAAGAAAAACAUGGGGAAGAUGAUGAAGAGGAGUAUGAGGAUAUCAGUUCAGACGAAGAGCUCCAGAAUACUUCAGAGGAUGAGGAAUAUGAGGGAGAGUGUGAGGAGGAAUAUGAAGGGGAUGAGGUAGAAUAUGAGGACAUCAGCUCUGAUGAAGAGCUCCAGAAUCCUUCAGAUGAUGAAGAGCUCCAGAAUACAUCAGAUGAUGAAGAGUCUGUGAAUUCCAUUAAAGGAACAGUCUCCAUCAAAGAAAUGAAGGUUUCUGUCUCUUCACUGACUGAGGAAGAUCAAGAGAAAGAUGAGGAUGAUGAGGAAUAUUCCGAUUUUGAUGAGGAGAUUUCCGACUUUGAUGAUCAGGUUGAGGAUCUGCUGGUUCUGUAAGGAUUUAGGUUAUAUUAUUAGAUCACUUGUAGGAAAUAAAAAUUAGAGACAUUUUUAGAUUUGUAGGAAAUAAAAAUUAGAGACAUUUUUAGAUGACUAGUAGGAAAAAAGAAAUUGGAGACAUUUACAGAAUAUUAGGAAAUAAACAUGAGGGAAAUGUACAGGGUGCAUUCAGCCUUUAAGUUUUGUUCUUUAUUCCAAACAGGAGGAAUUUC